UUUCUCUGCAUCAAUUACUGAUGAAAUGAUAAAUUGUGGGGGGAGGGGGGACGAGAAAGUUAACCCCUUUGCUUUGAAAAAAAAAGGUAUAAGACGCAAAUAGGUCUUCAGAAAACUCUCCUCCACGCAAGUUACAGCUUUUAAAGGCGAGCGCCUUUUUCAGUUCAACGUUUUCAGAAUUUUCUUAGGGCUUCGUUGAACUAGGGGAUAAAAGGAAAACUACAUUACCCACAAUCCCUUGCCCUCACGGAAACUUUGAGAAUGCAGCUCGGGUUUCCACAACUUUGUGGUUUCCCUCGCUUACGAAGAUAGCGAUUAUUUCCGAUGCAACCCAGAAGUGGAGCUGCAGAGCUCCCCGGAGGCGGGAUGGCGGCUCGGACCGCGCUGCUCUUUCUCCUGGGAGCGGCGGGAGUGGGUCCAGUGCCCUCCCAAGGCUCGCCGGGGGACCGAGAGCCCGUCUACCGUGAUUGCGUGGCUCACUGCGAGAGGCGCAACUGCUCUGAGGCCGGGCUGCGGCACUUCCGCUCCCGCCAGCCACUCUACAUGAGCCUCACAGGGUGGACCUGCAGAGAUGAUUGCAAAUAUGAAUGUAUGUGGCUGACUGUGGGACUUUACCUCCAGGAGGGAUCCAAAGUGCCUCAGUUUCAUGGAAAGUGGCCCUUUUCUCGUUUCCUGUUUUUUCAGGAGCCUGCUUCUGCCUUUGCUUCAUUCCUUAAUGGUCUUGCCAAUUUGGUGAUGCUGAACAGAUAUAAAGCCACUGUUCCCCGUUCUUCUCCUAUGUAUCAUACCUGCAUUGCCUUUUCUUGGGUGUCUUUAAAUGCCUGGUUCUGGUCCAUGGUUUUUCAUACCCGAGAAACAAAUCUGACUGAGAAAAUGGACUAUUUCUGUGCAUCAGCUGUCAUCCUUUACUCUGUGUACUUGUGUUGUGUCAGAACUCUAGGGCUGAAACGUCCGGCUUUCGCCACUGCCUUUGGGGGUUUCCUGCUCCUUUUCCUGGCCUGCCAUGUUUCCUAUCUGACCCUUGUGCGCUUUGAUUAUGGUUACAAUAUGGCUGCCAAUGUGGCAAUUGGCCUUCUCAAUCUCUUCUGGUGGCUGGGUUGGUGUAUGCAGAACCAGCAACGCCUGCCCUAUGUCUGGAAGUGUGUGGCCGUUGUCCUGCUUCUCCAGGCCUUGGCUCUCCUGGAACUCCUGGAUUUUCCACCCCUGUUCUGGGUCUUCGAUGCCCAUGCCAUCUGGCAUAUCAGUACUAUCCCUGUCAAUAUCCUUUUCUACAGUUUCCUCGUCGAUGACAGUCUUUAUCUCCUGAAGGCCAACUCUCAGAUUCUUAAAAUAGACUAAAACCUGUGGCAGAGACUAACUUGGAAAAAGCCAUGGGCUGCCAUCUAUAAAAGACACCCGGUUGCUUUGAUUUCUAGCAUCUGAGGAGUUUGAUGUUCUAAGCCCACUUUGCUCUGACGAUUGGUGACAAUUUCCUCUCUAUUGCUUCUGUUUUUACAUCUCAACAGCUCCCCUUUCAGAAUUCUGUUGCCAUAGUGUGAUAACCUGAUUGCCUUUUUUUGCUUGAAUGUAUCGAGACAUGCCUCUCGUCUCCCUGGGAUUAUUUUGGGUCCUUUCAUUUGCCUUCUCCAGUUCUUCCUACGCUUCUCUGAAGAGAGCAGGGAAAGCUUUAUUUAUUUCAUUCGGUUUCUCUUUUUUUUUUCUUUUUUUUUUCUUUUUUACAAAUGCGCUUCUGUGGGUUUUGGCUGGUCCAAUAGACUGCAUUGAAAGGACUUUGCAAGCCGCUUGGAAAAAUAAAGGGCAGCAGCAGGUCUGGUAAACCACAAUCCAUCUUUAUGCUGCUCUUGACUUAAAGUCCAGAUUUUCAAACAAGUGGUCUUAUAAUGCUGCUUCACUGAGAAGCUCCCUGUUUUCUCAACAAGCCAUCGGGAAUUUAGCACUAUGCUCCCUACUUUCCUGUCAGUCAUGAGAAAAGUAGAAAAUGGAUUCUAUACUGCAGUGACUUUUUUAAAAAACAACAAUAGGUGCUGGGGUCAACUGUCUUCUUUUUCCAAAGUUUGUUUGUUUGUGUGUGUGUGUGUGUGUGUGUGUGUGUGUGUGUGUGUGUGUGUGUGUUCGGGUCUUUUCCCA